AUGUGUAUCCUGCUCACCCGCUACUUUCGGUGCUGGCAAGCACCGGAACGAGAAGAAGAUGCGACAGAAAAGGCCCGCGAUGACGGAGAACCUGCGCCGAAGAGACGAGGUCAACACCCGAAAGCUGGCCACCGGUUUUGCCAUGUCGUCCGUUGCGCCAAUCCAUUCCCCCGGACCUGCCUCGUCAGCCCGGCCCUGUUCGAAGUCGACCAGCAUUUCAAGUACCCAUGCCCGGAGUGCUCCUGCACCUAUAUCGAGCCUGCAGGACGUCCAGCAGAGGUGGAGUGUUUCCGCCCGAACGAAGACAAAGGCGGGUACAAUAACAGAGGCAACGCCGUUACGCGCUGGCUCGAUGCCGCUGCUGAUGCCUACACGACCAAACUAUGCGAAUACCUGCUUGCCAUGUUCUCCAAGGGUAACGUGACGUACAAUUUUGCUGAUCUCGUCCAACGUUGGAAAGUCUGCAACGUUGAGUCGGCCUGCGUUUUUGAUCCGCAGCAUUUCGACACGGCUCGAAUUUGUGACUGUCAAGAGUCCAACACAGCGCCCGAGCUGAGGAACAUGAGCCACGCCAUCCGCUGCCGCUCGGCCCGUCGCGCCAUAGCCGAUGACGAGGUCCUCUUGGAGACAUAUGCACAGGUGGCACCACUACCAACAGCUGGCUCGACACGCAGAGCCCUCAAGCGCGACUAUCUGGACAAACACCCUCCUAUCCAAGCAGCCUUUCCAUUCAACGGGAUCCCCGUCUUGCCGAUUGCAGGCUGGAUCUGUGACGAACACGCAUGCUCCCCAGAAGAGCUCUUUGCACGCAUCGGCGAUGCUGUUCAGAGUUUUGAGAGCGAGGACAACUGGGAAACCAUUCACAAGGGCGAAGGAGGCUCGAGUACGUGCAGUCUUGCACAGCGGAUCGAGAUUCUCUCGACCGUGGCCGUUCUACUGUCCGAAGACAACGGGCUGCCGAGGCCACAGAUCCAGAAGAUCUUUCUGAACUUCUUGAACCUCUUGCGGCCUACGGACACUUUUUUGACCGGACCUCCUGUCACUGAGAGCUACGGGCCCGCUAUGCUGGCUCUGCUUCAACUAGGAACAUUCUUCGAUGGCCACCAGCUUGCAGGGAAUGCUCUGCUCGAUCCAGACCGCUUUCGAAAUCUCGUCCUCGCCCUGAAGCAGAAGCGGAGUCUUCGAUUUGCGGAUGAGGUUAUGUUCGACGAGGCAAUCCGAGGAACGAUAGCCGAAGUGGUUUCGAAGCAAGAACUCGAUGCCGACAACAGCAUUGUAUGCCUGCUUUGCAAAGACAAGCUCGUUGCCCUCGACCGGACAUUCCUCGACCAGAAAGCCGCCGAACAUUCAGAUAACUACAGGGAAGGCCGCAUUGCUAUUCGCGUCAAAUGUCAGGGUCGCCAUGUCUUUUGCAUCAAGUGUUGGUCGGGUUUUUGGAAGUCACAAACAGCCAAUGGCCUGCCCAAGGUGCAGUGCCACGAAUGUGACGAGGAGUUGCCUCUCAAGCGACGAGAACCGACUGUCCCGAUCGUAGAUGCAGACUAUUUUGACCCCGCCAACACGCUGGGUUCCGGAGAGCCUCGACUGAACUGGGCCUCACUGGCUGCGGUUCCGCGGCACCCGCAGGAUUGGGGCGUAUGGGAUCCGCUCCUCGGCGCAAACUACGAGCCACUGGCGGCUGCUCCUCCGCAGGGACUUUCAGAUUCGCAAGUAACAAACACUACGCGCGAUGGUUCACCGUUACCAUCGAGGAAAUCGCGGCUUCGCGCGGUUGAUGAGAUGAACUGGGUGGGCCGCGGCACGUGGCUGGACGAUGGCAGCUUCCGCACGACGGCCCAGCGUGUCGACAUCGGUGGUCGUCCGUUUGAGCAGCAGCUCGGCAGCAUUACUACCUUUGUUGGUGACAAUUCGGCGGCACGGCGAGGCACUGCCAGGCGUGCUGGGUGGACUGCGGCAGCGAUGGCUGCGACUCAGAGCGCACAGGCCAACACAGGAACACAAGUCAGAAAAGGGGUUCGCUAUCUGGGUCAUACACUUGCGCAAAGCCGGGCUGCCUAUCUGGAGAGGAAGAAGAACAGGUUGGCAGACUGUGACUACUCCGUCAGCCAAAGCGACGACAGCCAAAAUGACUCGGUCGCUGGUUCUUCUCCGCAUACGCAAGGCUCCGAAGCAUCCUUCUCAGGCAAAGCUGCUCUCGCAAAGGGCAGCUACGAUUUUGACAAAAAGUGGACCGUGACCAACGAGCAACUCUUCGGUCCGAGUGAGUUGUUUGCGAAAGAACAAAGUCCCUUCCGCGGGUCUCUGUCGUCGUUCAUCGUGUCAGACAGCGAAGAGGACGACAGCGAGGACUUUGACUACAGCUCCAUCGUGCGAAGAAUAGAAGCUCGUGGGAUCUACUCCGCGUACGUCAAUGACUUUAUGAGCCCCGGCCACGACGUGACGACUACCGACGGCGACGUGCCGGCCCCCGUCAACAACGUAACGGCCCCCGUCAACAACGUGCCGGCCCCCGUCAACAAUGCGGCGGCCCUCGACAACAACAUAACAGCCGCCGAAGACGGCAUGAGCCGCGUGCCGCGAACCUCUCAUUCCACGCUGCCGAAACCCAGCACCGCUUCUCCCCCUCCGGUCAUCAAUCUGAGUAGCGAGCACAGCGAUCCUGGCGACUCUGUGUACGGCUCGUAUCCUGGCUCUACUUGCCUCGAAGACUGUGAGUGCGGGAGUCCCCCUUUGUGCUCUUCAGACGACGAGGUCGAGCAAGACGUAGCUGGAUCGUCAAGGAGGCCUGCGAGGCCGUGGUGGCGGCGGACGUGGGCUGUUGUCUUGGUCGUAUGCGUCAUCUUGUUGGUGCCGGCUCCCGGGUCGGAGUACUGGAAGAUCCGUAGGUGA